GAAAUUUCAGAAAAUCAGAAUAUUGUUUUGCUUCAGUAUGCUCGAUGGAUAGUGCCCCACCCCCAGCAUUAACCAAGGGCAAAGUCGACGCCCGCCAUGGAUGUGCGGUGCAGUGGCGUCCACGGUGUGUAGGAUUUCUGAGUAUAAGUGACGAAAAACGUACAUCAUUGAAUUGAUAAGAGCAGCGUCCGCGAGCCACCGGAUCGCUUACUCAUGAAGGUAAAAUAGCAUUAUCGAAAGUUUGCCGUUGCAUUCAUCAAACCAGACGAAAGACAUGCGCGCUCUUGGGACAGCACUUAUUACUUUCUUCGCCCCAUGCGCGGUGUCGGCGUUGCGCCUUGGCAUCGGUGCAGCGGGCGCGGACACUGUUUCAAGUGCCGGUAUGCGAUCGCCGGGGGAACACGAAUCGGGCAGGCAUGCACCCGAUCCGGCCGAACAGCAAGGUGAUGUGGAAGAAGCAUUACUUCAGCAAAAUUCAGCAGCACAGGGGCCAAAAGUCCCGAUCCCACGCAUUUUCGGGAUUCCUCGGCCGCCGGAAGCCAAUACUUGCUACUUGAACGCUGCGCUGCAGGCCUUUUUGCGGUUUCCGCCAGUCUUCCGCCGACUUGCACGGUUCUGCCAGAAGGAUGUUUCCCAGAAGGAUGAAAACGACCCGGCGCACGGUUUCGCCUACUCCUUCUGUCAGAUCUAUUCCCGUUCCGUCGAACCUGGAGACGCAGGCGCAACAGCUGUGGUAAAAGCAGUCCAGGAGUGGCAGAAGCAGGUUUUUGCGGCAAAGAUCGCGAUCGACGGCAAAGACGCCAAUGGCACACCACGCUGCUUGGAUUACGGGGAACAGCAAGAGAGUAACGAGAUUAUCCAGCGGAUUCUGAUGGAAGUGCAGAAAAAGAGAAACGGGAAAACUGAUUCGCUCGAAAGCGUCUUUUCCGGGCUAGAAACGCAGAAACAGAUGCGGCCGGCGAAGAGAGAUCCCACGACAGGGCAACUCAUUCCGACAGCUUCGGACUGCGUCGAGUUUUCACCGCCGCAGCCCCAGCACCUCGCAAUUCAGCCUAAUGGUGAAGUAGACACACUGGACGGGCAAGCGUUGAUCGGGAAGAACUUUGUUCAGUCCUUUGACACGGAUGCGAACACCCGGUGGAAAUGGCACGAAAACCCGGUCUGCAAAAGCGAAACCGCCGACCGAACUGUCAUAACAGAGAAAAUCUCUUCGUUGCCGCCCUUCGCCCUCACGGUCGAAGUGCAGAGAACCUCACGCCACAGCUGUACAGCAACCGGCAGCUGUGACAAAAAUAGUUCCCGCGUCGCCUUGCCGUUGCAGCUGGAGAUUCAGCCCGAGUGGAUGGUUGAUGAAGAUGACAAGAGCAGUACCAAGCCAGCCUCGUCGGCCAUUUACCUUUUGCGUUCCUUCACCACGCAUUUGGGACAGGGAGGGAACGCCGGACACUACGUAGCGUACGCGCGCGUUGCAGAGGAGGAGGGAGUCGAAUCGGAGCCGCAUGAGCGCUGGUUUCUAUUCGAUGACGCGAAAACGACCGCUCUUGACAGCAUCUACCCGGUUUUGCACUCGCCGAGCACAAUGGCGGAAAUACGCUAUGCAUUUUACGAGCGGGCACCGGAGGGGUACGUGAAGAGAAAAGAGCCAGAGGUGCCGGUAGUUCCGUUUGUGCCGCGAAGCGAACGUGUUGACAGGGGAAAAAUCGCGGCCGCGGCAAAUGUUCCUGCGCAGAAAUCGCAAGUCGAGUCUGUGGUCGGGGGUGCAUGGUCGCUUAAGGGUCUUCUCGGAUUUGGAAAGCAGCCAAAUCCUCCUGCACCGACUGUUACGAAACAAAUUGUGUCGAGGAAACAGAAGCGCAAGAGGCGGCACGGUCUCUCCUGGACGUUGUCGUGUCCAAAACGCAGACGUACCCUCGAUGCAGGUAAAAACGCGCUCAUGGAAAUCGCAGAACAGAGCCGCAGCAGGGAACAAGUGGGACCGGAAGGCAGGAACAAUGACUCCCCACAGAAAGAACAAUGCAAAAACAUCGCAGAGGCGGAGGCGAGGGAACAAACCCAACAAGGCGAAACCGAGCCGCCUGAUGAGCCACAGGCUUUUGUCGGAGACGGAUUGCCCCCCUCCGAUGGUUCGCCGGGUAGUGCCCGGAAGUGGCCAUCAACCGGACCGGCUCAGGGAGAGGACUUCUGCCUCGAACGAGUUUCAACGCGAUUCUCCAGACGUAAGGAGACGCCAUCGGAGGUUCUCGUUUUGGAAACCGCAUCGGCAGAUAUCCUGAGUAAAAACGUCCCCACACCAGAGUUGUCAUGCAGAUUUGCAAUGACAGGAACAUUUGUAAUGCGCAUCGCCAGGAGAGGCAUUUUUCGUCGUGUUUUGGAAUUUGUAAUGCUGUAAACAGGAUGAGCAGAUGGAUUUCUGGUGCAGCUGGCCUUGCGAACCUGCACUACACUACGGACUGCAACUUGUGAUGCGUGACCCCCAAAAGUUCUAGGUUUGUGUUGCAAAAUCCCCAUCUUGACUCUGGUGUGGGGACGUUCUUACUCAGGAUAGCAGAGGAGGGAUCAUCAAAUGUGCCGGACACGUCGAAGAAACGUAAGCAAUUCACGUCGCGCUCCACUUCGCCGAUCAAGGUUUGCUCCCCUUUCAAGCAUUUGACGCCGGUGGGUAGAGCCAGACAGAAGAUGAACUGCAAGUUUUGCGGGACGGUAAGUUUCCCCCUUCCGGACGCAAUGACCGGGGACCGUCGUAGUCCUGCUCCAGGCAGCGCGAUGUAGCACGAAGAGAAGCACGCGAAUGGAGAGUUCGUGCAGCUUGGACGAAAAGGACCUUCGCAUGCGUGGAAGCCGUUGGAAGAAGAUGGACGGUUUCCGAGUAAAUGGGAAAAACGAAUAAUUCCACCUACAGAUCUGGUCCGUGGAGGACAUUUGCGUUGCCGUAAUCACGCAAAGUGUGGGAAGUCGUGGGCGUGGCCGCGUGGGAUAAGCUACACUGCCGGCGUCAACAAAAAGAAGGCUUUCGAGAAGCACGUAAGGGCCUGCAGCUCUGUGUAAAGUAGAAGAAUAUAAAGAUGUAGGAUAAAGGCUAAGGCAGGAAGUGCACAUUCGUGCCAACAAGUGAGUCAGAUUUUUACCCGAUGCGAAGGGCUUUACAGUUGCUGUAGUCAAACUUUCGAGCUAGCCUUACUCUGUGUGUAAGAUGUUGUGAAAUAAAGCUUUUCGAAAGGACCGGCCGUUCAGGGCAGGGAUCGCGAUGCUUAAAUAGAAUAGUGUUUUGAUUGCUGCGCGUGUUUACGUGUAACCAGAAACUGAAAGACCUUAUUUCUGUACAGUUUUCAACUCAAAGGUAGACGUGGAUCAAUUUUUCAGCCUCUUGAAGUCGAAUUGCGGUGAACGUCUCAAUUGGAG